UCUUCUUUCACCGGGGAAAAGUGUUGGCUUGGGGGAACAUUUGAAAAUCGCUCCCGACCCGAGUCCUACCCCUUGAUUGAGCUGCUCGGCUCACUCAUUGUGCUUUGCCCUAUUUUAUUUGUAGCCCGCCCUUUCCACUUCGCCGCUCUGAUCUUCUUCCGGCCGGCGCAUUGAGAAUCAGCUUUUUGCUCCUAUGUGCGUAAAUGGCGCCAAAUCCCAAAGUGAAAGCAGCCUUUUCGGCAAUGAAGAUUCUUGGAAUCAGUGAAGAUAAAGUGAAACCUGUUCUAAAGAAGCUCUUAAAGGUUUACGAUAAGAACUGGGAGCUGAUUGAGGAAGAAAAUUACAGGGCUCUUAUAGAUGCGAUAUUUGAUGAGGAUGACAAUAAGGUUGCAGAUCAAAAGAGAAAAAGCCAUUCCGAGGAGGAAGAGGAAGAAGCCCAAACGCAGGAGCUUCAACGCCCCUUGAAAAGGCUCAAGCGUAGGAACCAAGAAAACCAGUCCAUUGCUUCUCCUGAUAAUUCAAAUCUUAGAAUAGGUGAAGCUGCUCUAGUACAGCCUAAAGAGGAGGAGGAGUUUUACCCUCCUCAGGCCAUUUUAAAUGAGCGAAACAAAGGGAAACGACCUAUUUCGAAUGAUCUGAACGAAAAAGGAAACCAGUCUCGACCAAUGGUUGCAUCAGGGAGACCAUCUCGUGAAAUUCGUAUCAGGGAGGCUAAUGUUGAUUCAGGCACAGUUCAUUUGCCCAAACAGAUUCUUCCUGUUAGCAAUCAGUUAACAGUGAAACCCAAGGAUGAGCAAUUCACUGAUGACAGACUCCUAGAUGAAGCUCCUCUUGCAGUGAUCCAUCCUGAGCGAUCACAGAAUGAAACUUCAACUGGUAAGCAGAAACUUGGUGGAACGAAUGCAGAUGCACCGACUUCCUUAAAUGUAGAUGGAGACAAUAAUGGGGCAGGUCUUCAAGCAUCAGAAACUGAGAAACACAAGAAGUGCGAGGUUGCGGAUGUCCCCAUGAAAUUUGCAGCCAACUUAGAGAUUGCCUCGUCGUCCUUGGGAGAGGUAAAGUUAACUAUAAGCUGCAACUCUACCCUUGGGAGAUCAGAGUUUCAUAUGCCUAGUCUAGACGAAGUCCUAAAGAUGAUGGAAGAUAAAUGUCUCCGAUCAUAUAAAAUCCUUGACCCGAAUUUUUCUGUCAUGAAACUGAUGAAAGAUAUGUGCCAGUGCUUUGUGGAAUUAGGAAAGGACUGUAAUGACUCAGGCGACAAAACAAUUGAUAUGGGGCCAGUGCAGGAUGUGUUGCAUAUACCUGUCAUGGAGGAUGCUUGUAAUGUUGGAAAUGAUACAGCAAACCUUCCCGUGCCAUCUGUGACAUCUGAUCGUUGUAAUGAAUCGGCACAAGGCAUUGAGGAAGCUAUCUCCAAUGGAUCUGCUCGAUCUACUGAGAGUACCCAACUGGCACAAUCUGAAGGCACUGUUCCUUAUCGCUUGAUAAUUCCACAUUGUCAAGCAACUCCUGGUGUCCAACCCACUCCCCUUAAAGGAGAUGAUAUCACCAAUGGGGAAGAAAUAGCCAAUAUCUCUUGGAUCAAUGAGAUCAAUAAUCGGGUCCCACCCUCCUUUCGUUAUACACCACAGAGCCUAGUUUAUGAAGGUGCAUCUGUCAGGUUUUCUCUUGCUCACAUAGAUAAUGGAAGCUGUUGUCCAAGUUGCAGUGUUAAUUGUCUGUCAUCAACUGUGCCCUGUGCUUGUGCUUGUGCAAAUGGAGGUGAGUUUGCAUAUACAGUAAGAGGCCUUGUGAAGGAAAGUUUUUUGGAAGAGUGUAUUGCUAUGACUCGUGAGCCUAGAAGGCGUUCCCACUUCCAUUGCCAAGAUUGCCCCCUUGUAAGAUCAAAAGGUGGUGCUCCACAAGCCUGCAAUGGCCACCUAAAAAAGAAAUUUAUCAAGGAGUGCUGGAGGAAGUGUGGCUGUAACAGGCGCUGUGGCAAUCGGGUGGUUCAGCGGGGCAUAAGUUGCAGUUUGCAGGUCUUUAUGACGUCUGAAGGAAAGGGAUGGGGCCUCCGUACGCUUGUUGACCUGCCAAAGGGUGCAUUUGUGUGCGAGUACAUUGGAGAAAUAUUAACUAUUAAUGAAGUUCAGAAGAGAAAUAUGAACACUAUGGAAGGUGCAAGGAAGACCUACAGGAUUUUCCUUGAUUCAGGUUGGGAUGCUGCAUCGUUGAAGGAUGAUGAAGCUCUGUGUUUGGAUACUACAUGCUACGCAAAUGUUGCUAGAUUUAUCAAUCACAGAUGUAAUGAUGCCAAUCUGAUUGAGAUACCUGUCGAAGUGGAGAGCCCGAAGCAUCACUACUAUCAUCUUGCUUUCUUCACAACUAGAAAAGUUCAAGCAUUGGAAGAGCUGACUUGGGACUAUGGUAUUGACUUUGAAGGGGAGGAUCAAUCUUUGAAUGCCUUCCAAUGCCUAUGCGGUAGUAAAAUUUGCAGAGAUAAGAAAAGCUCAGGUAUUAGUGUGCAUAUACUUCAGUCUUGCAAUAUAUAAUUGCAAAAUCGCAGUAUGCCUUGGACUUGGAUUUUAUUUUCCCAUCUGUUAUGUAUUACUACAAUCGAAAUCCAUUUAGAUUAACUGAUAUGUGUUUUAUAUGGAAGAUUGUUUAUUUGUCACUUGUUCCUCGCUGCUUACGAGAUUUUCCUAUGGCACAGGAGCGAGCAUGACAACUUGAAGACUAGAGCCUUUAAUUUCUAUUUUUGUGGGCAAUUAGAGAUGCCGCUGUUUACUACUCACUUUUUGGUGUUUGGCUGUUUAACUCUUGCAGAUAGUCUGCCGGUAUCAUUUUUUGUGCCUGGUUUUGGUUCUGCGAAACUUAAUUCUGUGAUUUUCAGGCACAUGCUCUUAUACUGAUUUCAGAUGGUGGCUCAAUAGUUUCUGAUUAUUCCCACCCAUCUUACCUCUUAGGAUUUUAGCGAUGGCUUCUGAUUGAACACGAUAGGUGUAUCAACCUCACUGUAAAGAAAACUUA